GUCCUGACCGCAUCCUCAGAGACUUUCAGCUGAUGCUGGGGAAAAAGCCACCAUACGUUUUUAUCAUUCUCUGGAGAUUUGUCACACCAGUAACGCUCACUGUGGUUUUAAUUUUUACGCUCUUGACGUACAAGCCUCCAAAAAUCGAGGACUUUGAGUACAGUAAACCUCUGCAGGGUUUCGGAUGGUGUGUGGCUCUGACAUCUUUUGUUCCCAUUCCACUUUGGGCUACUUACAAGCUGAUCACUGCGCAGGGUACUUUAACAGAGCGUCUGACGAGCACGUGCACACCGUCCAGUCAGUGGAAACCUGCAGAUCAAAGUCUCAGAGAAAAGUACGCCAUGGAAACCAAACAUGAGACUCCAUGUAACGUCCGACUGCCUUGCUCAAGAGUCUAGAGUGUGUGGAUGUUGACUUGAUCUUAUCCCGACAGAUUGUAUAGGAGAACACGCUCAAGUGCCGAUACACACUUGUCAAAGGGAACUAAUCGGUAUAUUAUUUUAAGAUGAGAUCGGGUCGAGUUGAGAAUUGAUAUUGGUCUGUGUACAUCAUAUUGAAAAAGACCUUGUCUUAUUUUUAUUUUUUUAUUUUUUUAUUUG